CUCUCCACGGUACGCCCGAGCCUAAGCAACGAAAACUGUACUUCUUUCUAGUGUAUAUGACACAUUAGGACAUAGACAACGCGUAUUGCGAUAAUUAUUAUGAGUUUUUAAAGUUACAUUUACCAAAUGUUUGGAAUGUUAACAACAAAUGUUCACUUUUAGCGAAUCCGUAGCUUGCUAGCUCAAGGAACGUAAACAGUUGCUGGUCGAGUUUAAUGUAAACUGUAAUCGGACUAAAUCUGACUACACAUCCACCUGCGGAAGCAUGGGGCGAAAGAAACAAGGCAAGAUGGUCCGAAGUGACAACAAGGGCAAAGACAAAAGACAUAAACUGAAGGGGAAAUCCUUAGAGGCCUUUACAGAAGAAGUGCACUCUACCUUUGAAGCAAGUCUUCACUUAGAGCAAGGAGCAGAGGGCCCUCAGGUGAAACUACCUUGUCCACUUGCCAUGUGGGAGUUGGGACACUGUGAUCCUAAACGUUGCACUGGCAGAAAGUUAGUGCGCAAAGGCUUUGUAAGCAACCUGCGCCUCAAUCAGAGAUUCAAUGGACUCAUACUGAGCCCAAUGGGCACUAAGUAUGUUACGCCAGCCGACAGAAAGAUUGUGGCUCAAAGUGGGGUAGCAGUGAUCGACUGUUCCUGGGCCAAACUGGAGGAGACUCCCUUCAGUAAGAUGGUCGGAGCUCAUCCCAGGUUACUGCCGUACCUCGUAGCUGCAAACCCUGUCAACUAUGGCAAGCCUUGCAAGUUAUCUUGUGUUGAGGCUUUUGCUGCUACAUUCUGCAUUGUAGGUUUUGAAGAAUUGGCCAUGCUCUUGUUGAAGAAAUUUAAGUGGGGGACAGUGUUCUUGGAUCUCAAUAAAGAUCUACUGGAACGCUAUGCCACAUGCCAGUCAGAGGACGAGCUACUCUCUGUGGAGAAGGAGUACCUUACAGCCAAACCAGAGGAGGAUGAGUUUGAUCCUUUUGAUGUUGAUUCAGGAGUCGAAUGUCGCAAUCUCAACAGACGUCCGUGUGUACCUGAAGAUGAUGAGUCUUGUGAAGAUACGGACACCUCGGAGGAUGACGAAGAUGAGGAAGAAGAGGAGAAAACGGAAAACAACGAUGACGAGUCAAGAACUGUCUCACAUCCUCGUGAAGUUGAAGAGACUGAAUCAGAGUAAUAAAGAAUAUUUCAACUGUCAAUUGUCUUAUAUUUGAAAAAGGGUCAUUAUUUGUACAAAAACUGAAGACUAUUUUGAGCUAACAAGUUUUGUAAUAAAAAUAUAAAUAUUAUGAAAUAAAUAGUAGGUUUUUAAUGAAAAUGCAUAUGAAAUUAAUUGACAUUUGUCACCCUUUAUUCAAUGUGAAGUCUAAUAAAAGGAUACAAGGUUUUCACAGUGAGAAACCAUCAUUAAAAGCAUUAAGAGUC